CCCCAUCCGCCCGCUGAGCCCGGGGCCCAGUCCUGCCCCCUGCCUUGCCCCCUGCUCACCCACAGGCCGGGCCUGGGCUCAGGAGCUGGAAAAUGAUCUGGGACCAGACAGCAAAGAGAGGCCUCUGCAUUUGGGGCAGAGCCUGGCACCACUGGGGUGGACAGGGGUUGUGAGCAAAGUCCAGGAAAGAUCGUGGGGGGUGGAGGAAGGAAGAGGUGACUGGGAACCCCCGAUUUCAGAGAGGGGGUCGCGUCUAUUGUUAUUUACUGAGCGCUUGGCGUGUGCCGGCCACUACCCUAAAUUCUUUAUCUGUAUAGUCUCCCUGAACCCGUACUGCCAGUCUGUAAAGUAGAUGUUACGAACCUCAGUUUACAAACAACUGAGGGAGAGAGAAGUUAGGGGGUCUGUCUGAGGGCGUGUGAAAUCGGCUGAACAGGGAUUUGAACCAGCUCAGUCCGCGUUUCCUGUACACGGGGAAAAGGGGUCUCCUCUGGCUCCGUGUGCAGGAGAUGCGGCCCCGCCCCCUCCCAGCUCCCUGCGGGCCUGGGGCUGCUGCAGCGUCGAGCCUGGGCUGGGUCAGGCUUCGGCUGGGCCCGGGGGUCGGGGAGCCGGGCUGGGAGGUAGGCGCAGCCGGCAGGACGACAGACUCCAGAAGCCCUCCCUGAACAAAGACUGGGUGGGAGGAGGCCUGGCGUGUCCCCACCCCGCCUCCCCCGGAGCCUGCAGAGAGGAGACGGCGGACAGCGGCGGGACGGAGCGAGCAUGGCGGGGUCGGGGGCCGCUCCGCCGCCCCUCGUCCUGCAGCUCCUGACCUUGGCGCUGGCCCUGGGGAUGCGCAGAGGUGGGGCGGUCUCCAGGGAGUCUCUGGGGCUUGCUGACAUCCAGGACUAUGACCAGCAGGCCCCAGCCCCUGCUGGUGCCCCCCAGGACCAGGGGCGCCCCCUGAAGGAGGUGCUGAAAAGGCUGGAGGCUGAAGUGACACAGCUCAGGGAGCAGAACAAGGACCUGCAGGAGAGGGUGAGGCGGCUGGAGUCCUGCGAGUGCCGCCCAGCACCUCCCCAGUGCUGGGGGCUGGGGCGGGCCUGGCCUGAGGGGGCUCGCUGGGAGCCUGACCCUUGCACUGCAUGCGUCUGCCAGGAUGGGGCUGCAGUCUGUGCCCCCAAGCCUGGCCUGCCCCAGUGUCGAGGCUGCAGCCACAGCGGGCAGACCUACGGCAACGGGGAGACCUUCUCCCCAGACGCCUGCUCCACCUGCCGCUGCCUGGAAGGAGCCGUGACCUGUACCCAGGGGCCAUGCCCAGGGGGACCCUGCCCGGAGCCGGGAGCGUGCUGCCCACACUGUGAGCCAGGAAGAGACUCAGCUGGUGCUGGGAAAGCUGAGACAGGGGCUCAGGAACCAGCGAGGCCUGGAAAUGCAGCCCUGGAGUCUGGUGCGGGCUGCCCUGAAGGUCACAGGGCCGGGGAAGUGUGGCGACCUGAGCCCUGUGUCACCUGCACCUGCCAGGCAGGGACCGUGCGGUGCCAGGGGCCCUCAUGCCCGGUGCUCGGCUGCCUGGAGAGCUACACCCCGCCCGGGCAGUGCUGCCCUGUCUGCCGGCCAGGUGACCUCCCCGCCCCACCUCAGCCCCAGGGCGUCCGGCACCUAUUCGGGGGCCACGCCUUCCCUCGGGUGCUGUCCACCCUGCUCUCAUCUGACCUGCCUGUCAUCCUGGAAACCCUCCCAGGCUGUGAGUACGAGGGGCAGCUUUAUGAGGAGGGGGCCAACUUCCUGUCUAACUCCGACCCUUGCCUCCAGUGCUCCUGCCUGAGGAGCCUGGUUCACUGCAUGCCCAUGAAGUGCCCGCCCAGCUCCUGCCCUGAGCCAGUCCUGAGGCCUGGCCGCUGCUGCCCGACCUGCCAAGGCUGUGUGGAAGGUGGCUCUCGCUGGGAGCACGGCCAAGAGUGGACUGCACCCAGGGACCCCUGCCAGAUCUGCCGGUGCCUGGAAGGCCAAGUCCAGUGCCGCCAGCGAGAAUGCUCCAGCCUGUGCCCAUACCCUGCCCGGCCCCUCCCGGGCACCUGCUGCCCUGUGUGCGAUGGCUGUUUCCUGAACGGGCGGGAGUACCGCAGCGGGGAGCCCGUGGGCUCUGGGGACGCCUGCGCCGACUGCCGCUGCGCCAACGGGAGUGUCCAGUGUGAGCCUCUGCCCUGCCCGGUCGCGCCCUGCCCACACCCGGGCAGGAUCCCUGGGCAGUGCUGCCCAGUCUGUGCCGGCUGUGAGUACCAGGGACACUACUACGAGAGCCAGGAGACCUUCAGACUCCAAGAGGGUGGCCGCUGCGUCCGCUGCUCCUGCCAGGCCGGCGAGGUCUCUUGUGAGGAGCAGGAGUGCCCCAUCGCCCCCUGCACCCUGCCAGACUCUGGCCCCCAGCUGUGCCCAGCUUGUGUGCUCGAUGGAGAGGAGUUUGCUGAGGGGGUCCAGUGGGAGCCCGACGGUCAGCCCUGCACGGCCUGCUCCUGUCGAGACGGGGUGCCCGUGUGCGGGGCCGUGCUGUGCUCCGCAGCCCCCUGCCAGCACCCCACCCAGACACCCGGUGCCUGCUGCCCCAGCUGCGAGAGCUGCACCUACCGGGGCCAAGUGUACGCCAACGGGCAGAACUUCACGGACGCAGACAGCCCUUGCCACGCCUGCCGCUGCGAGGACGGGACCGUGAGGUGCUCCCUGGUUGACUGCCCGCCCACAACAUGUGCCAGGCCCCAGAGUGGACCCGGCCAGUGCUGCCCCCGGUGCCCAGACUGCACCCUGGAGGAGCAGGUGUUUGUAGACGGCCAGAGCUUCUCCCACCCUCGAGACCCCUGUCAGGAGUGCCGCUGUCAGGACGGCCACGCCCGCUGCCAGCGCCGGGCCUGCCCCAGGGCCCCCUGCACCCACCCGCUGCCCGGGCCCUGCUGCCUGAGUAACUGCAAUGGCUGUGCCUUCGGUGGGAAAGAGUACCCCAACGGAGCCGACUUCCCCCACCCCUCCGACCCCUGCCGCCUGUGUCACUGUCUGAGCGGCAGUGUGCGGUGCCUGGCCCGCCGCUGCCCUCCGCUGCCCUGUGCAGAGCCCGUCCUGCUGCCGGGCGAGUGCUGCCGGCAGUGCCCAGCCUCCCCCUCCGGCUGUCCGCGGCCCGGGGGCUUAGGCGCGGCGCACCACCAGGAGCACUUCUUCCCGCCCGGGGACCCCUGCCGCCGCUGCCUCUGCCUGGACGGCUCCGUGUCCUGCCAGCGGUUGCCUUGCCCGCCCGCGCCCUGCGCCCACCCGCGCCAGGGGCCCUGCUGCCCCUCCUGCGACGGCUGCCUGUACCAGGGGAAGGAGUUCGCCGGCGGGGAGCGCUUCCCUUCGCCCGCCCUGCGGUGCCACGACUGCCUCUGCUGGGAGGGCAGCGUCAGCUGCGAGCUCAGGCCCUGCGCCCCCGCGCGGUGCCCCUUCCCUGCCAGGGGUGGCUGCUGUCCUGCCUGUGACGGCUGUGAGUACCUAGGGGAGUCCUACCUGAGCAGCCAGGAGUUCCCAGACCCCCGAGAGCCCUGCAACCUGUGCACCUGCCUUGGAGGCUUCGUGACCUGCAGCCGCCGGCCCUGUGAGCCUCUGAGCUGCAGCCACCCGCUCACCCCCUCUGGGAGCUGCUGCUCCGCCUGCCAGGGAUGUCUCUAUCAUGGGGUCACUGUGGCCCAUGGAGAGACGCUUCCUGACCCGCUUGACCCCACCUGCUCCCUCUGCACCUGCCAGGACGGCUCCAUGCACUGCCAGAAGAAGCCGUGCCCUGCAGCUCUCUGCCCCCGCCCCUCUCCAGGACCCUGCUUCUGCCCCGUGUGCCGCAGCUGCUUCUCUCAGGGCCGGGAGCAUCAGGAUGGGGAGGAAUUUGAAGGGCCCUCAGGCAGCUGUGAGUGGUGCCGCUGUCAGGCCGGCCAGGUCAGCUGUGAGCGGCUGCGGUGCCCACCCCUGCCCUGCAUGCUCCAGGUCACAGAGCAGGGGGGCUGCUGCCCUCGCUGCAGAGGCUGCCUGGCCCACGGGGAGGAGCGCCCUGAAGGCAGCAGCUGGGCGCCUCCGGACAGCCCCUGCUCCUCCUGCCUGUGUCACGAGGGCGUCGUCACCUGUGCCCGCAUCCAGUGUGUCAUCACCUGUGCCCAUCCCCACCAGGGGCCCGGUGAUUGCUGCCCUCGGUGCUCUGAGUGUGAGCACGGGGGCCGGAAGUACAAGCCCGGAGACAGCUUCCAGCCUGGGGAAGACCCCUGUGAGGUGUGCAUCUGUGAGCUGCAGCCUGAGGGACCUCCCAGCCUGCGCUGUCACCGUCAGCUGUGUCCCAGCCUGGUGGGCUGCCCUGCCAGCCAGCUCCUGCCCCCUGGGCCCCAGCGCUGCUGCCCCAGCUGUGCCCAGGCCUUGAGUAACUGCACAGAGGGUCUUCUGGGGUCUGAGCUGGCCCCGCCGGACCCCUGCUACACCUGCCAGUGCCAGGACCUGACUUGGCUCUGUGUUCACCAAGCUUGUCCUGCGCUCGGCUGUCCCCCAUCAGAGCGCCACACCCACCCUGGGAGCUGCUGCCCCACGUGCCGGGUCCCCUCAGCCCCCACCCAGUCGUGCGCGUACCAGGGCCGACAGGUGGCCUCCGGGGAACGCUGGACCGUAGACACCUGUACCAUUUGCUCCUGCGUGGCCGGCACCGUGCAUUGCCAGAGGCAGCGCUGCUCACCGCUCUCCUGUGGGCCUAACGAGGCCCCCGCCCUGAACCUCGGCAGCUGCUGUCCCCGCUGCCUGCCGAGACCGGCUUCCUGCAUGGCCUUCGGAGACCCCCAUUACCGCACCUUCGACGGCCGCCUGCUGCACUUCCAGGGCAGCUGCAGCUACGUGCUGGCCAAGGACUGCCGUGGAGGGGACUUCAGUGUGCACGUGACCAACAGUGACCGGGGUCGGAGCGGUGUGGCCUGGACCCAGGAGGUGGCGGUGCUGCUGGGAGAGGUGGUCGUGAGGCUGCUGCGAGGCGGGGCAGUCAUGGUGGACGGGCGCCUGGUGGCCUUGCCCUACCUGCGGGAGCCGCUGCUGUACUUGGAGCUGCGGGGACGCACCGUGAUGUUGCACGCGCAGCAAGGGCUCCAGGUGCUGUGGGACGGGCAGUCCCGGGUGGAGGUGAGCGUGCCUGGCUCCUACCGGGGCCGGAUUUGUGGGCUCUGUGGGAACUUCAAUGGCUUUGCCCAGGAUGAUCUGCAGGGCCCUGAGGGGCUGCUCCUACCCACCGAGGCUGCGUUUGGGAAUAGCUGGCAGGUCCCCGAGGGGCCGGGACCUGGUCGGCCCUGUUCCAAGGGCCAUGAGGUGGAUCCUUGCCGAGCAGCAGGCUACCGCGCCAGGCGUGAGGCCAAUGGCCGGUGCGGGGUGCUGAAGUCCUCCCCGUUCAGUCGCUGCCACGCCGUGGUGCCGCCGGAGCCCUUCUUUGCCGCCUGCGUUUACGACCUGUGUGCCUGUGGCCCCGGCUCCUCGGCCGACGCCUGCCUCUGCGAUGUCCUGGAAGCCUAUGCCAGCCGCUGUCGCCAGGCAGGGGUGACACCUGCCUGGCGGGGCCCCACGCUCUGUGCAGUGGGCUGUGCCCUGGAUCGUGGCUUCGUGUUCGACGAGUGUGGUCCGCCCUGCCCGCGCACCUGCUUCAAUCGGCACGUGCCCCUGGGCGAGCUGGCCGCCCGCUGCGUGAGGCCCUGCGUUCCCGGCUGCCAGUGCCCCGCGGGCCUGGUGGAGCACGAGGCCCACUGUAUCCCGCCUGAGGCCUGUCCCCCAGUCCUGCUCACCGGGGACCAGCCUCCCGGCAAUCUGCUCGGCCCCAGCCAGGAGCCCCGGGGGGUGCCCUGAUCCAGGAUGACACCGAGCAGGACUCAUCAGAACAGAAGCCUCUCUGCAGAGGGCAGCUCCCAGGCUGGCCGGAGCUUCUGAGAGAGAGAGUGCCCUGCCAGGCAGCGGGAGCCUGGGCCUGGCGCCUCCCCGAGCCCCGGCCGUGUUGAGUGAGAAGCAGUAAACUCGGGGCCUGUCCCACGGCUGCUGCCUUGUGUGUGUGUGUGUGUGUGCUUCCUCCCGGCGCGGGGAGCCCAAAGUCAGCGUCCCCACUCAGCUCCGGACCUUGCUCACUCCUGUACCUGCCUCCCUGGGCUGCCCCCUGCCACGCCCUGGUGCUGCCCUACUCGGGACCCUCUGCAGGUCCACGAGGAACCCCGCAGGGCCUGGAGUGCUCAGAGAGUGGGCUCAUGCCCACAUGUUUCCCCUUUCUCUCGGUUUAGGGAUGCCAAGGACUCAGGGGGCCCCCGGGCCACUCUGAGCGCUGGUGAUACAGGGACCCUGUGCCUGGGGUGGGGCCCAGGGCCGUGAUGAAGUACAGGCACAUGUGGGUAUAUACACACCCCACACGCAUGUGCACCGGUGUGCAUUAACUGUCACGCCCGCCCCCGGGGGGAGUGUGGGCAGGGCACACACACGCAACUUUAGAAGACAUCCUCGUAGGGGAAAGAACAUAGGUUUUGAAACAGAAAAACUCGGUUUCUGCCCUAACCAGUGUGGCUCGGUUGGUUGGGUGUCAUCCUGCAAAGUGAAGGGUCACCAGUUCGAUCCCUGGUCAGGGCACAGGCCUGGGUUGCGGGUUUGGUCACCCGUCGGGGGGCACGCGGGAGGCAGCGAUCGAUGCUUCUCUCUCCCAUCGAUGUUUGUCUCCCCCUCUUCCUCCCUCCCUUCCCUUCUCUUUAAAAAUAAAUAUUUUUCA